AUGGAAGAAGCUGGACAGGACCCAUUGGAUGAUGUGCAGGAGAUAAUGGAAAUACCGAAACUAGAAGUCAUAAAACAGAACCUCAACUACCUGAACUCAGGCCUUGAAAAGGACCUGCAGAGACUGGAUGAGGCAAAUCAGGUUCUUCACAAAAAAAUUCAAGAGAAAGAAGAAAUCAUUCAAAGUCUGGAAAGAGAGAUUACCCUGUCAGUAGGACAAGCCAGAGAGAGGGAGGAGCUGAACCACAUCAUAUCUGAGAAGGAGGAAGCCCUGCGGGAUCUGGAAUUAGAAACAGCAAAGCUGGAAAAAAAUAAGGAGAUUCUAAGCAGGAACGUGGUAGAGCUGCAGAAGAAGAUUUCAAAGAGAUUUAAGAAUGCUGGCCUUGAUAAAGAAGCCCUAAAGCAGAUGCUGGCAGAAUCGAAGGUGAGACUACAAAAGUCAACAGAAUCCUGUGCAAAUCAAGAGAAGGAACUGGUCAAGAUAGAGAGUGACUACCAAUCUGUGUAUCAGCUCUGUGAGGACCAGGCCCACUACAUAAAGAAAUACCAGGAAAUUCUGAGGCAGAUGGAAAAGGAAAAGGAGGUGCUGCUUCUUGAAAAAGAAGUGUUCAAAGCCCAGGACAACUCCUCCCAAAUAGUGAAACCGGGGUCAGUUCUGGUGGAGACCAUCCAAAGCAACAUGGAGAAGACCAUCAUUAAGAAACAGAAGAGAAUCUUUUGGUACAGCAGGCAUUUCAGGUAUCUUGUCUUCAUGGUCAUGAUCUUCAUUAGGCUGCUGGGUUAUGUGCUUUUCUACCUGCAGUACAUAAACCCAGACCUCCUUGUGGAUGCUCUGCCCAUGGUAAUGAGCAGAGACACCUUGAAGAGGCUGAGGGACAUCUUAUUUCCCUUCCUCACUCUAGAGGUAGAAGAACUUCUACCACAUUAG